AUGGAUAGCCGCAGUACUGCACUACCUCAUGCCCAACACAGUCUCACAGGGGACUCGGAUGAGGAAGCGGACGUUUAUGUGUAUAAAUCGCGGGCUACGGGCCUGCAGGAUGAGCCACGACAGCAGCAGCGUGCCCUCCGCAAGGCUUCCGUGAAAGACCUUGAGGAGGACGAUGAUGAGCAAACAAAUACCCCGGGGACUGGUGAUACCAACUCAUCCGAAGAACUCGAGCCGGACGAUCAAGUCCCGCACCCAUUCUAUCACUACGCUGCUGAAAAGCGAGACUCUUACGCUGAUGCAAAGCUCAUUUAUCAACGCCAUCGAAUGGAUACCAAAACUGAGAAAGAUUUCGAAGGCUCCCAAUCACUGUCUAAGUCAUUCACUAUGCCUGUCUCGUUAGAUGGGGAUCUGACGCUGAAUCGUACCCCUAGCGUGGCAUCCAGGCAAUCCCGCCUGAGCCAAAGGGCGGGGGGUCCAAGUGGUGGCUUAAAAUUGAGCCAUUCUCGAGAGAAUUUUCCCAAUUUUCAGAGCAAAGGAGGGAGCCAGCAUGCAAGUGAUGCGGCAUUACUUGCUGAUGCCGCAGCUCGCAGCCACAAACAUCAUCCCGGCCUUCCGCAUGAGUUCAAAGACCCAUUGAUGGCCCAUGAAGGAGUCCAUGGAGCAGGGGCAGGCAUGGGUCUCGGAAAUGGCCCUGGUGGACUUGCGGCGAAUGAAGACAGUAUAGUCAGUGAAGUUCAGUCCAUCUGUGACAAGAUCAAGACAUUGCUGGACCUGAGACAGAAGUAUCUUAAGACCUCACUCCAGUGCAGGGGAGAUAAUCCCAAGGAUGACGAAGACUGGGAGAUAUAUCCACCUCCACCAAAUCCUGUUUGGAACGAACACAAAGCCCGGGAACCCACGGUGGACCUCAUACCUCCUAACAGUACCUCAAGCAGUCUCUACAUGGCCGACGCUAAAGGAAACGCAGCCAGCAAUACCAAUGAAUUGAGCAAAUGGUCAGCAAGUGCGAGUCAAGCUGGAUCGGAGAGGGGAGCUCCAUCAUCGCCCACGUUUAAAAAGGCUCGAAAGGCAGGGCACGCAAUUGGUGAAGAUUUCGACCUGAGUGAAUGUUUUAUUCCUGGCAAAGCUCGUCGGAAUUUGAAAUUUGCCAUGGAUGAGGGAAGUGUCUACCAGGUUUAUGACGAAAGUGACAAGCCGAUUGUCGAAGUACCGUCGCUGAGAGACUACUACAUGGCUCUAGACAUCAUCCUCGAGAUUGCGUCCGAUGGGCCUGCUAAGAGCUUUGCAUAUCGACGUCUUCAAUACCUGGAAGGUCGGUACAACCUUUACUCUUUGCUGAAUGAGUAUGAGGAAGUCGCAGAUACCAAGAAAGUUCCACAUCGCGACUUUUAUAAUGUGAGAAAGGUCGACACUCACGUGCAUCAUUCUGCUUGUAUGAACCAGAAGCAUCUUUUGAGAUUCAUCAAAAGCAAGAUGAAGAAAUGUCCCGAUGAAGUCGUACUUGACAGGGAUGGAAAAAAACUAACUCUGAAAGAGGUUUUUGAGAGCAUCGAACUCACAGCUUAUGACCUCAGUAUUGAUACGUUGGAUAUGCACGCUCAUACGGAUUCUUUCCAUCGGUUCGACAAGUUCAAUCUCAAGUACAACCCUGUAGGGCAAUCCAGACUGAGAGACAUUUUUCUAAAGACCGACAACUUCAUCAAAGGUCGGUACCUGGCGGAGAUCACUCGGGAAGUCAUCUCGGAUCUCGAGUCGAGCAAGUAUCAAAUGGUCGAGUGGCGGAUCAGCAUAUACGGACGUAACCUUGAGGAAUGGGACAAGCUUGCAGCCUGGGUGGUGGACAAUCGUCUCUUCUCACACAAUGUCCGUUGGCUCAUUCAGAUUCCAAGACUAUACGCCUUGUAUAAGUCGAUGAAAACCAUGGAGAAUUUUGAACAAUGCCUUUCCAACAUUUUCCAACCACUGUUUGAAGUCACGCAAGACCCAUCGACUCAUCCCAAACUCCACAUCUUUCUCCAGCGGGUGAUUGGGUUUGAUAGUGUGGACGAUGAGAGCAAGGUGGAAAGGCGGCUGUAUCGCAAGUUCCCAGCACCGAAGGAAUGGAACACGAAGCAAAACCCACCAUAUGGCUACUGGAUCUACUACCUCUUUGCGAACAUGACUUCCUUGAAUGCAUGGCGCAAACAGCGAGGAUUCAAUACAUUCCUUCUGCGGCCCCAUUGUGGAGAGGCGGGUGACACGGACCAUUUGGCUGCAGCACUUCUGUGUUGUCACAGCAUUAGUCACGGAAUCAUGCUUCGAAAAGUGCCUUUGCUCCAAUAUAUAUUUUAUCUGGAGCAGAUCGGGGUUGCCAUGUCUCCACUCAGCAACAACGCUCUUUUCUUGACGUAUGAUCGAAAUCCGUUCAUCAGUUACUUCAAGAAGGGGUUGAAUGUUUCACUCUCGACAGAUGAUCCUUUGCAGUUUGCCUUUACCAAGGAGCCAUUGAUUGAAGAAUAUUCGGUGGCAGCACAGAUCUAUAAGCUGAGUGCGGUCGACAUGUGUGAGUUGGCAAAACACUCAGUGGAUCAGUGCGGCUUUGAGCUUUCCUUGAAGCAGCGCUGGCUUGGGAAGUACUGCUACCUUCCGGGUGUGCUUGGGAACGACGUGGCGAAAUGUAACGUGCCGGACGUACGAGAAGCUUUUCGACAUGAAACGUUGAAGGCUGAGCACUCGUUCAUUGCCAGGUAUACAAAUGACUACAGUCAUUUCGACAGAUGCACUCCCAACUUGCCCGACCCCGCUGAUACGCUUACACCGAUUGAGGAGGUGUACAAAGGAUUGGAAUCUCCUCGACAAUACUAUGCAUCAGUUGCUGAUUCGAUUCAACCGGCUCAGUCAGCCAGACAGCAGCCUUCCAAGACAGGACAAUUGGCAGACCCUACGCCGGUUAAUCGAUCACCCACCAGGUCGCGAACGACAUCGAGCGCGUUUUACACUCCAGGAGCUCACACAGACGCGCACAUCUCUGGACAGGAGCCACGCGCGUUCCCCGGACUGCAUCAUCAGCGGGAGAGGAGACGCAGCCUUAGGGUCAGCUCUAGUCACUCGGACAUGGGAGGGUCGGAUGCAAAUGCAAUGAGCACAAGCUUGCACAUGGAACCAGGGUUGGCGAAGAUCAUGGUGAGGCAGGAUUCACAGCUGGCCCAGGUGGAGGACUCGGACUGA